GGUUUGCCGAGUUCGGCCCAAGAGUGCCGCCCACUCGCUCGCUCGCUCACCCAGCCGAUCUUCCUCAGUCGCCUGCCCACGCCGAUCGACAACAACCGCAGACGAAGCCAUCUCAACACGAACCCGAGAUGCUUGACCACGACAGAAUUCGCCUCUGGGCUGCUCAGAAGAACCUUGCUGUGGCCGAUCUUCAUGCGCUGCAGACGCUGCUGGAGCAGUCUCUGCCCGACAGCGAUGAGUCGAGACAGGAGCUCGCCAGUAACGCCGACCUGAUCUCGUUGUUUCUGAGGAUAUUGGAGGAGUUGCCUCGCGCUGUGGCCAGCGGAAGCCCUGACCUCCUGACAGCACACCGCGAGCUCGCCACAAUCAUCUCAAAAACGGUGGCCGAGGCAGCCAAAACAGACGCCGCCCGCCCAGUGCUGGCCAAGGCAGGACUCAUCCCGGCUCUUGUCGCUGCUAGCCAGCUGAGCACCCGCCAUGGUUUUGACGGCCUUACCGUCCAGACAUUCAGGGCCUUUGGCAACCUUUGCUUUGACAACGAAUCAAACCGCGAUGCGAUUGCCGCCACCGACGGUAUCCCCUGCAUCGUAGAGUCUCUGGGCUCCUCCGACCCACAUCUCGUCACUGUUGCAUGCGGCGCGCUUUGGAACACGAGCAUGGACCACGAGCCUGUCCAGGUGCAGAUUCUUCGAGCCAAUGGACUCGGAAAGCUCAUCGAAAUUCUCAAGCGCGCCACGAGCGACUCGGACGGAGGCUAUGCUCAUCUCAAGAUCCAAAGCCUUCGGAUCAUUCACAACCUUGCCGAGACAGACGAAGGCGUUGCAGAGUUGAUCAAGGGCGAUGAUUUGCUGUUGAUAUUCAAAGUGCUCAAGCAACAGCACGCCAUAAGCAUUGACCCAUCUGUCAGCACCGAAGCUUACGAAGAGGCUCUGGAAGUUCUCGAGACCCUGACAACCAUUCUAGAGGCGAUUGGGGAAAAAGACGACGCUCAAAGAUACAUUCUCGCCAAAAACUGCCUCGGCUACCUGCUUGACUUUGUCGAUCAUCCUUCCACGAAGCGCGCCGAAAGCGAACAGGACAAAGAUGAGGCUAUUAACUACGAGGAGAUCCGCAAAGCCGUAUCCCGAGUUGUAACCCUCGUCACGAUGAAUGAUGCCAACAUGACGGAGCUUCCGCAGCACCCCGAUAUUAUUGGGCGACUGAAGCAGUGGCUCAAACUUGGAUUCGACAAAAACAAUGCCGAUGAAGACGAUGAGAUUCGGAUGUCUGGUGCCUUGUGCAUCGGGAAUCUCGCUCGCAGCGAUUUGACCUGCGCCAUCUUGGUUCAAAAGUACGAUGUGUGCUCGGCCCUGAUUGAGCUUUUGUAUCUCGAGGGCUCGAGACUCAAGAAAGAGGGCGUCAAGGAGACAACCAAGUCCUGUGUCAAGGUUCUGCAUGCCGUGGUCGGUGCGCUCAAGAACCUAUCGAUUGCUGUGGACAACCGCCCCAUCAUGGGCUCCCUUGGAACAAUCGCGGCCACCACCAGCCUCUUGGAGCUAGAUGACUUGAAGCCAGUUCAGUACGGCUGUGUCGGCAUUCUCAAGAACCUGUGUUCGUCUGGCAACAAUGCCAACAUUAUCAGGGUCCUGACGGGCUCGGACCCCUUGCUUGGACAGUCGCUUAGGACCAUCACCAGCGUUCCACCAAAGGCGCCGUUCCGACAGGUCAUUAGCCUGAUUUGGCGAUCCACCAACGACAGCGAGUCUGGCAUCCGAAACGAAGGCGGGCGCAUGAUUGGCAACAUCAUUAGGGCCAUUCACACCGAGAACGCUCUGGCCCUGAUGAAGUGCGUCGUCGAUGCCAAUUGCAUCCCGCCGCUGAUCCAGAUUAUCACUGGAGCCCUCCUCACCAAAAAAGUCGAGUCCACCAUCGAUAGCCUCGACGACGAGGAGCGGCAUGUCCAUUUCGACGCCCUCCCGCUUGAGACUCAAGUUUAUCACAUCGUCCAGAAUGAGGGGUUGGUGGCCAUGAUUCUCCUAUGCGACGCAUAUCCGCCCGCCCUGUCGAUCGUGGUGCAGUAUCACUCCUCGCUUCUGCCCAUGACCCAGAACAUUCUCAAGAGCGGUCUGAUUCACGACGAGGAAACCCCACGGGCGUCUGUGACUGCCCCUCCUCCGCCGGUAUACUCUGCCGAGGUCAAAAUCAACACUGCCACAUUCUGUAGGGCUCUCCUUGCCAACGGUGACUUUGCGCGUCGGGCCAAGGACGACCUCCUUCCUAUCUUGAAAGCAGUUCAAGAGAAACUCGAGGCAUCGCUGGAUGCGGUGGCAGAGAAGCCGGUGGACAACGAUGAUAGCGGCCCUGCACGACUUGGUACACCCCUUCCUGUAGCAACCGGAAUCGCCAGUGCAUCUCUAGGAAGUCGCCGAAAGAGCUGGAGCACAUCGACUACCGACAUGUCCGUCACCCAGCCUGCGACCGUUGAGCCCAACGUGAAUCUGCAGUUGCGCGCGGCAAUCACCGCUCUUAUCCAGGAGUUCCAAAAUGAAAUGGAAAACCCCCGUUUUUAACCAGGGCAGUGUGUUUUUCUGGAACUUGAAUACACACCCACUCAUCGCAUUCAUGG